CGACAUCGACAACAUCAACAACGACUCUCGACGGCUCGACGACGGCGGGCGCGGGGACUGUGAGAGACUGGACAGCAAUUCACCUGGGGCGUCGGGACUCGGCUCGUCUCGGCGGUGAUAGGCUGUUUGUUUGGUGGGAGGAGAGCAGUCGCUGGCUCGGUCUUUGGCUCCUGCUGGCUCUCCCCGACCUCACUUCUUCCCCCGGCUCUGUUUUCAGCUGCCCAUAUCAAAACAUCUGCUCGGAGGACUCGUCAAUUGCUCAGGCUCGUCUUCUUCCUUUUCACUCGGGGAAGAAGAUACCUGGUCUCGUUGGACUGUCUCCCGUCUUUCUAUGAGACAGACAGGAUAUCUUCUUGACUGUUGGAAGCUACGCGCGCUAAGCUAACAUAAUAACAAACUGCUGCAUUGGCUGCCUCUUUGCAUAUCUCUCUUGUCUCACCCAUCUUGCUAUUCCCCACUCCUAUUCAUUCCUUGUCCCGGCUAUUCACUCCCUCCUACGCCGCUGGUAGUGAAUGGCCUGAAUAAGCCUGCCGCACUCCUCGAUUCCUCACCUUACUUUCCCACCCCUUUGGAGCAACACACAUACUUGGCCCGGUUUUCUUGGCCCAUCCAAUCUUCUGGCUUAAUCGCCUGUGUAACAACAUCUUUUUUGCUUCUACUUUUCCUUCAUUUUUCUUUUCUUCUUCCAUCUAACUCCCUUUUCUUUUUUUCUCUUCUCUUCCCUUCUUGAUCAACAUAUUCCUUUUGCUCCUAUUCUAAGCCAUCUAUCUUGUGGUGGCCAAAUCUUCAAGGAAGAACAAGAAGCAGCAACGAAAGAAUACAGCUCCCUACGCUGGCUUUUUUCUUCUCUAAAGGUAUGUGCUGGCUCCUCUUCUUGUCUUCGGUUCCUUUCUUCUGAUGCAUAAUUCGUCGCUUUUCUUAGUUCUGGAUCCAGUCGAGUACUUUUUAAAAAGACUCAUCAUAUCCCUAUCCAAGGUCCUUGGGCCUUGUUGCUUGUAUAUGAACUAUUGUCCAGAUUUUAAAGUCUUCGGGUCUUUUUCUUUUCUAGACGAGUUCCAUAUUCAAACUAGCUGGUGACUGAGAUCUAGUGAUGUGCUUCUACUUGUGAACGAUCUAGUGAAGAUAUGGUUGAUCAGACUGAGACAGCAGCUGGGCCAUCCUCCUCUCAGAGUGUUCCACACCUAUCUGCUACUGAAGUAGUAGAUGAUAUCACCAAACAAGAGGACCUAGUUAUGAAUGAGGAGCUUCCACACACCACCGAGACCCGUGAAGACUCUCCUCCUCUAUCUCUCUUUGGGCCAUUUGCGCAACCAACAAGUGGACUUUUGUCUACUCCUCUGACUUCCUCGCCAUUCCCAGAAGGGGAACAUAUAAGUGAGGACGUGCCAGAAGUAACCGGCUCCCUGGCUCACUUAACCGAUCCUUACCCAUUAAUCACUAUUCCAUCUCAUCUGACCCUCUACUCUAACGGGCAUAGCUUUUACCACGAUCGCGAUAUGGACGAGCAAGAGGACGUCGAGGAGCUCCUCGACCACCCGGCGCCUUUUGUGUCUGAAUCGGCCAAUGAUGAGACCGACGAUGGUUGGCAAGAGGACCAGUGGAUAGAACCUCCAGAUGGUAAUGGUAGCUUGAUCGAAAUCUCCGAGCUUUCUGGUUUCGAGCUUGAUAGGCUUCCACACGACAGAGUGGGCACGGGCCCAGGCUCCAUCUCUACCAGCUCCGAAAAAGAUGGCAAUGAUGCUACCGGGGGGUUUUAUCCCUCUGAAGAUGAAGACUCGUGCCCCGACUCCGAGAGUAUCUGUGGCAAUGUCUCUUCCUUACCAGCUGCCGAGCAGGAACAACUAAGCACCAACCAUGAUAUCAGCAACAACCCUAAUAAUACCGCCAUCGGUCCUAUCACCCCUCCAGUUGAGCAGGCUGAGUUCCCUCCCAUUGAACUUCUCCAAUUUGCCUUACCAGAUCCUGGAGAUCACUAUUUCGAUCCGUCCGGGGUUGACUCUGACAUGGCAGACAUGUCUAUGCACACUGAGACAUUCGAACGCAACUUGACCGUUGAGCAAUUCAUCCGCCAAUGGUACCUCCGCGCUCGUAUGUCUCACGAUCGACUUGGUAUUAAGCAUCCAUAUCCUCCAAUUGCUUCUGAGGCUAUGAACGUGCAAAACUGGCAGAGACCAACCAAGAUCUCCCGUCCGGAUGACCACAAGGGACGCAACUUCGAUAUCCAAAACAUUCCGUGGACUUCGAAGUUGAACGUGGACCGAGCCGCUGCCCGUUCCUUACGGGACCAGUGGUAUACUUCUUACCAUAAUUUGCGCUUCCAGCCCCAUGGCUAUGCUAUCACUCCGCGCGAUACUGAGAAUUAUUUCAAAGCCAAGAACAUGUACACCAAGUUCAAAGCCACAAUGGCUCAUUUUCAGCUCCGCAACCUUAUGUCUGUGAGAGCAUCUAAUGUUGUGCAAUAUGUCUAUCGGAACAAGGUCUACUCCGUCACUCCGUUCUACGAUGUGCAAGACACUAUCCUUGAGCUUACCGAGUCGGUUUCUUCUAAUCCUGUGGCUGAUCCUUUGAAAAUAUCUACCAUGAAGGCCAAACAUGGUGUUACUGUUGUUGGCGGUUUCAGUGGUGAAUAUGCUUAUAAGGGCGAAAUCCACGGCUACGAAAAGGUUGAAGGUCGUAUUACGAAGCAUCUCAAUGGCAUCACCAACCACAUUGACAUUGUUCAACAUCGCACCAGCCACACCCCACAAGCCAUCAUUGCAUCUAACGAUAACUCCAUCCGCAUCCUCGACUGCGAGACAAACAAGUUCAUUGCAACCCACCGCUUUGCCCGUGCUAUCAACUGCACAGAUACCUCUCCGGAUGGUCGCCUUCGUGUAAUUGUCGGCGAUUCUGCUGAUUCCUGGGUUGUUGACAGUGAGACCGGAAAACCCGUUCAGCCUCUUGCCGGCCACCGUGACUAUGGAUUUGCAUGCGCCUGGUCCCCCGAUAUGCUGCACAUAGCCACCAGCAACCAGGACAAGACUGUCAACAUUUGGGAUGCUCGUAUGUGGAGAAUUCUCCAAACUCUUGAUUCGGACGUUGCAGGCUAUCGUUCCCUCCGUUUCUCCCCCGUCGGCGGUGGCCCGCGAACUCUGCUCAUGUGCGAGCCUGCAGACCGCUUCGUUAUCGUCAACGCUCAAAACUACCAGACCCGUCAAGUCCACGAGUUCUUCGGUGAAAUUGGAGGAGCAGACUUCACCCCUGAUGGUGGCCGUAUUUGGCUCUCCAACAUGGAUUCUCGCUUCGGAGGCCUCAUGGAGUUUGACCGCAUUCAAUGGGGCCAGGAAUUCGGUAUUGGUCAUACUAGACGCGCCAAGAUCGAAGCCCGUGGUGAUGUCUACUAUCCAGACCUACCUAAUGAAUGGCUCCCUGAAGCCGAAUUGGACGAUGAUCCACGCUGUGUCUUGAGUGCUAGCGAGCGUAGGAUCCGAUAUUUGAGACUCAUGAGCGAUGCCGAGUUCUCAAGAUUCAAUAUUUAUUUGGGAUAG